UUUUUUAUUUUUUAAACCCAGUUUUGAGAGCGUGGCAAUAUUCCUUGAAAAGAUUUGUUCAGUUUUUUUUCCUUUUGAUAAGGCAGAAAAAUUGCAUUAGAAAAAUACGCAUCCCAGUUUAAAAUUAACCAAAAUGAAUUUAAUUACAUCCAUAAAGUUGUAUGUGGAGAAAAUGUGUAACGAAUCGGGACCAGGAAUGAAGACGAUAUUGCUAGACAAAGAUACAACCAGUAUUAUAUCAAUGGCAUUCAGCCAAUCGGAUAUGCUACAACGGGAAGUGUACUUGUUUGAGCGGUUAGAUUCGGGGCGUUCCAAUGAGCGUAUGAAGAACCUUAAAUGCAUCGUAUUCAUUAGGCCCACUAAACAAAAUGUGCAACUUCUGGCUGAUGAGCUCCGUAGCCCAAAGUAUGGCUCAUAUUUUAUUUAUUUCAGUAACAUCAUUCCGCGGACCGAUAUCAAAUACCUAGCGGAAUGCGAUGAAAGUGAGUCAGUACGCGAGGUGAAAGAAGUAUACGCUGACUAUCUUUGCGUCAAUCCGAAUUUGUUUUCGCUCAAUAUAAACUGCAGCAUGUAUCGUCUUAAUUGGUUGCCUGAGGCACUCGGCCGCACUGUACAGGGCGUAUUGGCUGUGUUACUAUCGCUGAAGCUCAAUCCGGUUAUACGCUAUCGUGCCGGCUCGGCAGUGGCGCAAACUUUAGCAAAACAAAUAUACGAACAAAUUUGCAAAGAGUCAAGCCUUUUCGACUUCUCGCGUACUCAUGAGAACGGCGCGGCUCCGCCGCUGCUGCUUAUACUCGAUCGACGUGACGAUCCGGUUACGCCCUUGUUGCAUCAGUGGACGUAUCAGGCAAUGGUGCAUGAACUUUUAUGCAUACACAAUAAUCGUGUUGACCUCUCCAACACACCUGGCAUACCGAAGGACUAUAAGGAGUUAGUUUUGUCUGGUGAUCAGGACGAGUUUUAUGGAAAAAAUAUGUACGCCAACUUUGGUGAAAUCGGCUCGACAAUCAAAAAUUUAAUGGAGGAAUUCCAACGAAAAGCUAAAGAUCAGAAAAAAGUUGAAAGUAUUGCUGAUAUGAAAAAUUUCAUUGAAACGUAUCCCCAAUUUAAAAAAAUGUCGGGCACCGUGCAAAAACAUCUUUGCAUAAUGGGUGAGUUAUCAUCGCUUACUUCGAAGCGCAAUCUCUUUGAGGUAUCCGAGUUGGAACAGGAAAUUGCAUGCAAAGCAGAACAUUCAGCACAGCUACAGCGUAUACGCAAAAUUAUAGCCGAUGAACGCAUUUCAGUGGACGAUGCCAUCAAAUUAGUUGCGCUCUAUGCGCUGCGAUAUGAGCGGCAUGCCAAUUGCGAUACGUGCAGCUUGUUGCAAAUUAUCAAAACGCGUGGUGGACGCACGGCCAUUGUGCCCAGUUUAAUUGAGUAUGCAGGCACUCACAUGCGACAAGGAGAGAUUUUUAAUUUAGUACGCAUUUCCGAUGCAGUCAAGCUGACGCGUAAUUUAAUAAAGGGACUUAAAGGCGUCGAAAAUGUUUUUACACAACACACUCCGCUACUCAAAGAAACAUUAGAGGAAGUGUUUAAAGGUCGUGAACUAGAUCCAAUGUAUCCAGCGAUUAACUCUGAGCUUGUGCCAUUCCGACGUCCGCCGCAAGAGGUGGUGGUUUUCAUAAUUGGUGGCGCAACAUACGAAGAAGCUCUGGCAGUACACCAGCUUAAUAAUGUAGGUUACAAAGUAAUACUUGGCGGUACGACUAUACAUAAUUCGGAAAGUUUCAUAAAUGAGGUUUUAAACGCCACUGAGGGCAUACAAUUCAAACAUACCAAAACAAUGUUAAAAUACAUUUCCAGCGAUAAUUAUUAGACUAUGCCAUUGUCACCGCCUCAAUGGCUGAAGUGGGCUUAUUGGCUUUUUUCUUGUACAAUGUGUUUAUUAUUAUAUUAAAUAUUUAUAAGUACAUA